UCUUUUUCCCCCCCGGAAGGACAGCCCGGUGAUGUUACCAGGGAUGUGAGUGGAUUGGCUUCGAAUCUGUGGGGUGGGGUGAUUAUGGGCGCGGGAUCAUCUGAUGUUUCUGUUUUGAAGGAUCGGUGAGUAUGAGGGUGGUUUGGGGAAGAGGAUGGGAGGGGGCGGUCAGUGCUAAUCGUUACACAAUGCUGCUUGUAAAGGAACGGUCUCGUACGAGAGAGGUGUGAGGGGCGCCAUCUCGGGCGGCGCCCAUCGGCCAAUUAUGAAUGCUUUAAUGAGCUUAAAACAGGGAAGGGGGGGGGAGGUGAUCACACAGUUCAGCCCUCGAUCUGUGCAAGGUGAUCCCUCCCCAUCCUCUGUUUUACCAUCACCCUACUCUCUCUUACAGGCUCAGUAGAAUUGGAAUUAUUCACUUCUGUGAUCAGGGCACUGUGCCGAGCGGCAAGCUGCUAUUUACUGUCCACAACUGAAAGAGUAAUACCUCUACAACGCUCGGACUUAGUUAUAUCUCAUUCUGAUUUGAGAUUGAGAUUUUUCAUUAAAUCAUGUUUGUGGAUUCUGAAUACAACAGAAGAUGUGACGUAAAUUAAAAGUAAUUCUGUAAUUACUUUAAUAUCUUAAAAUACACUAAAAAAUGUUUUUCUUUGAAAGUGCGAUACAGAUUUUGUAAUAUUUCGACUGGAGAAUUCUCUCAAGAAUGGCUGACGCUUGUGAGGAAAUGCCGAAAACAUCCGGGUAUUCGGAGACUACAAAGAAGUCGACAGCUUUUUCUAUUCGGGACUUGUUGGGUUUACAGCAACAGCAGCUUUCUAAAAGAGAGUCUUUUUCUGAUGACGAUCCGAGAAGAACAAGCUCACAGAAUCUCGAGAGUGCGAUAGAAGCAGGGGCGGAACGAAGCGCUGACGCUCAUGUAGACACUUCCCCUGCUCAUGACUUUUGCACUUAUGUCGACAACAACGCCAACGACAUCAAAAGUGAUGUUCCAUGCCGAGAAUUUUGUGAGCGCACUCUGGACACAAGUGAAGGGAAGGCGCCACUGGAUAAAGUCGCUGCCUCUGAGGUGAAAGUCGAUGGGGCUAUUUCUGUUGCGGAUUAUGGACAGAUGCCCUACCUUGACCGACGCCGGCACUCUAAGCUACACGGCAAGACCUCGCAGGACUCCGUCAUGGGUCACAUGUCCCAGGCAGCGGCAGCGUCCUCUCACGGAUCCUUACCAUCAGCGUAUUCCAACGUGUCAGUGCAGGACCAACCACAUCAUUCUUUAAUGCCCGUAACACCUCGAGGGGGUCCCGGAGUGGACAGUGGUCAGCGAUGGAGACCCAUGGAACUUAUUGGAGCUAGUGGCCACCAGUCGGUGAUGAGCUUCAACCUAUUUUCCCCAACUCAAAACUCUCGUGAUCUGUACGGUUGCAACGAUUUAAGCGACAAAGAUGACAUGGACAGUCCGGUGUUUGACCACAUGGCAAUGGGUGGACCAAGUAAGAAGAAAAAGAAGAAAAGAAGACAUAGGACAAUCUUCACUAGCUACCAGUUGGAUGAACUAGAAAAGGCCUUCAAGGAUGCCCAUUACCCGGAUGUUCAGACAAGGGAAAUACUAGCCAUGAAGACCAGUCUACCUGAAGACCGGAUACAGGUUUGGUUCCAAAACCGUCGGGCUAAAUGGAGAAAGACAGAGAAGACCUGGGGAAGGAGCUCCAUCAUGGCGGAGUACGGGCUGUAUGGCGCCAUGGUCCGGCACUCCUUGCCACUCCCUGAAACCAUUGUAAAAAGUGCCAAGGAAGGCGUGCUAGAAUCGUCGGCGCCCUGGCUUUUAAGUAUGUACCGCAAGUCCAUUGAAAGUGGCGGAUCAAAGUCAAGCGAGGGCGGGCGCUCCAGCCCGGACAAUGGGCAGCCUGGAGAGCAAUGUCAAGAUGGCAAAAAACCCGAGGACUUUAGAUCGGAAAGCAUCGCUGCUCUUCGCGCUCGCGCUCAAGAGUACACGGCAAAAAAUUUCCCCCGAUCUUCAGAGAAUGGGGAUGACACUCUAGACAGCGACGCCAUGAUCUCAGACUACGACGAUAGCAAUGACUCUUAUUUGAGCGCCUCGUUAGUCAGAAGGAAAGAUGGCUCAGACAAAGACCCUGCCAAAAGUCCACAUUCGCACUACGAGACCAAACUGGUUCCCCGUGCACACGAUUCUCAAGGCUGUCGCAAAGAAGGAGCCGAAACCGGAAGCAAAGAACAUGAUCGGUACCAAAAAUCAGUUAGAGACUCCCGGAAGUUCCAAAGACGGUUCGCCAACUCGCCGCUAAUUGUGUCCCCAGCCUUGACCUCUCAUGUAACUAACACCACCAAAGAAAGCGUCUCAAAGCCAAGCCAACCAAUAAUGUCAUCAAAAGAAGAUGUAAAGGCAACUAAAUCCUCUUCAAAGCCAGGCCAGGAGAGUCCUUAUUUGACAUCCAACACGACACCAACACCAAUGAUCUACUGCAACAGCUAUUCCCAGCCUCCCCCUAACUCAGAUCUCUCGAAUCGCUCUUCUCGUCAAAACAUCCUCAACUCCUCCCUAUUCCCACCCUCCUUCAACUACCUGAAUAGCCAUUUGGGGAUCAACCCGAACCUCAAUCCUGGAAGUCCAAACUUACAUAAGAAUGUACCGCUGCCACUUAAUUUUCCAGGCUCUCAUUGGGGAAAUCCGUUCUCGGGUUUUUUCCCCGGCAUCAGCCACGAUCACCUAAAAAACAAUUCUUUUUGGAACUCCUACGGGUUCGGUGCUUUAGACAAAACGUCUUGGAACGUCCAGUCUUACCUUAGUCAGAUGCCAAAUGUCUCCAGACUUUCUCAGUCGGACGCCGAUAUAUCGGACAAAAAAGUUGCCGUCCAACCGCCAAAUCCAGUUAUAGCAUUGUAAUAAUAAGAAGACUAUCUGAUUAGUGAUAUCCUACAGACUUUGUGGCAUAGUCUUCGAAUCCGAACAUUCAGUUUGAGUACAGUCGUUGACAUAACUACUCAGACCCAGAUGCGACCUACAUAUUCUGCUAUAUCUGCAGACAAAGUGGUUAACAGCCGGGUUAAUAUAAGAUCUCUGUUCGUCGUCAGCACCUGUCUUCGGCACUUUCUGUGGGAUUCAAGUGUGUGUUCCGCCAUCUUUUUAAGAGUUCUCUAGCUGUCUCUUUCAGAAGAAUAAAUAUGGCCGAUAGAAGACGUGUUGUUUUUAUCUCGAUUGAAUGACAGAUCUGUUUAGAUUUAUUUAGAGACUGGUUAUAGUCUCUCAUAGUACAUGUAGUGUAUUUUUCUUGUUUUUUUUUUUCAUUAUUUGCAAACUUACAUGAUUGUAACAUCAAAUGAUUUUCCAUACAUCAUUUAUAGAUUCUACAUUUACAGGCCCUCCAAAUAGCAAUACUAGAUCAACUAUAAGUAAGAAAAGCAUAAAAAUAUUUUUAAUAAUAUAAUACUUAAUUUGUAUAACUUAUAAUAAGGAUGGUAUUCGAGUCGUAGAUUGAUGACUAAUGCAACUUAUACAGCAGAAAUUAUUAAAAUAUCUUUUGUUUCUUAUAGAGCGAUUAUUUUGCAAAGAUGGAGAUUACAUAGGAAAAGAAGUUUAUUGAGUAAUCAAAGCUGAGGCUCAUUAGCAGACGGUGCGUAAAGUGAUUCUUUAAUUUAUUAAACUCUUGAAUCAAUAACGCCUUUCAAAACACACGUUGGAUCUAGAGCUAGACAUAGUUCCAACAAAAUUAUUUGUAUACUUUGAAAAUGAUAAAAGUCAAAAUAAAGUUUUUCUGUCAUGGCCAGCGAACCAGUAGUGUUUUUUUCCAAACAAUAAAUCUCAACUAUAAAACUUAUAAGAAAAUCCUUAGACUUUUUAAAAGCCGUUUUUGAUAUUCGUGUCCACACAGGUUUCACCCACCCAAAAUUCUCCAUGAAGCUCUGACCUGAAUAGAGGUAUUGGAAAGUAAAAAAAACGAAACAGGGUCGUCACAGCUCCUUGCUGAGAUGCAGAGCUCUUUAUAGUGUAAAAGUAAAUAUGGCGUCGGCCUAAAAGUCUGAGAAACUGUAGAGAAGUGUCCCCAUGAUCUAAGAUUGUACAAAAGUGUCCCCAUGAUCUAAGAUUGUACAGAAGUGUCCCUAUCAUCUAAGAUUGUACAGAAGUGUCCCCAUGAUCUAAGAUUGUACAGAAGUGUCCCCAUUAUCUAAGAUUGUACAGAAGUGUCCCUAUCAUCUAAGAUUGUACAGAAGUGCCCUCGUGAUCUAAGAUCGUACAGAAGUGUCCCCAUGAUCUAAGAUUAUACAGAAGUGUCCCUAUCAUCUAAGAUUGUACAGAAGUGUCCCCAUGAUCUAAGAUUGUACAGAAGUGUCCCCAUGAUUAAGAUUGUACUGAAGUGUCUCCAUGAUUAAGAUUGUACUGAAGCGUCCCCAUGAUCUAAAACUGUAGAGAAGUGUCCCCAUGAUCUAAGAUUGUACUGAAGUGCCCACGUGAUCUACGUUUAUUGUGAACAACAUAACUAAUCUUGUCUUUCCUCAAGUUUUCAAAAUAGGCCUUUAUUGAGCUGGGUGAAGCUGGCCAGAGUAGGGUUGAGCUGGGUGAAGCUGGCCAGAGUUGGGUUGAAUUGGGUGA